AUGUGUACCACCUCGGCGCGUGCGCUCGGCGACGCCGAAGUUCGAAGCCAGAAUCUUCGACGCGACCAGACAUCUCACUUUCCGCACCCAGAAGCCGGCGCAAUGCGGGUCACGCCUCGCGCAUACUUGACGCCGCUUGCGCUGCUUGUGCUCUUCCACCACGUGCCAAUCCUCAUCGCGUGGGCCGUCUCGAGCGUGCGCGAGGCCUGUACGAGCGACGCCUUCCCGGUCAUUCGCUACGUGCGCGUGGCUGUUGGGCUGCACAGCGGCCUUCUCGGGCUCUCGGUCAUCGCGAUUGCUAUCACGCUGUGCUUGCCUGUGUUCCGCCCAUCCGUGCCAAAGGAAACGUCAAUCUUAGUGGCCAUCGUCGGCGUCUACGUAGCGCUCGCGGGCUGGAGCGUCUACGGCCUGUACAUCCAUAACCAGGACUACGGCGCCUGCAACUGGCCGUUCUAUCAUCCGUCGAUCGUGCUCUUCGACACGGUCAUGUCGUGGAUCGUCGUCAUGCUCUGGAUGUGCAACAACUCACCGCGGUUUUGCUGCCGCCGAGCGUCCGACCCGGUCAACUACUGGAACAAGCGCUGCCGCCUCUUGUCUAUGGUGUGUGUUUGCACCGACUACCGCAAGCAGCAACUCGACAUUGAUGUCUUCUCUCUUCUGGGCGCUUUCUUGGCGCAGUUUCUCGGCGGUCGCCGCGCGCCUCGCACGUACCAAUCGCUGCACAGCCACGACAUUGUACUGGCGCUGCGACUCGUCUCCAAGCGCCAAGCUCAUGAGCGACAAGAGGCGACGCCUGCACCGGCGCCGACAAGCAGUCUCCUCGAUACGUCGACGUUGCUCCAGAAAGCGUCCUACUACGGGCGCCUCUCCGCCGGCAUCUACGGCUGGCCCAUGUACAUCUACUACAACCCGCUCUCGUGCCACAAGACGUGGUCGUGCUGCCAGCCACGCGACGUCAAGCAGCACUUGACGACGCUCAAGGCGACGUCGGUGGGUCACGCGUCGCGCCACGCCGUGUCGUUCGUGCAGUACACUGGCGUACAUCACACAAAUGUUCAGUACAUGGACCGCAGCAACUCGAUCUUCCAAGUGCCCUUCUCGGUGCUCAAAGACGCUGACGCGAAAGAGCUCAUUGUGUGCGUCCGGGGCUCCUUCUCGUGGCACGACAUCAUCACGGACGUCCUCACGCAGUCGGUCGCGCUCCCAGUCGACGAGACCUGCGUUUCGGGUACGGUGUACGCUCACGAAGGCGCGUACCGCGCCGCCCGCCACAUUUACCAAGAGCUCCAGUCCGGUACCCUCAAAACCAUAUUUUGGGACACUGCCAAUGAGCUCUGUGGCCGCGACGACGAGCCUACGGGCUGGCGCGUUGUGCUCACGGGGCACUCACUUGGCGGUGCGAUUGCAACGCUCUUGGCGCUCUUCCUCGAAAAGUCCUUCGUCGUCCACGGCUACGUCUUUGCGCCCAUGAAGGUGGUGGACGCGAUCACGGCCGACCACGCAGCCUCGUUUGUGGACGUGUUCGUCUACGGCGACGACUUUGCAUCGCGGCUCUCGGCCAUGACUUUGGCGCGGCUCCGGGAAGAAAUGCUGGUGGAGCUCAAGAACGCCUCGAACGUUCCCCUCUACAAGGUGUAUUGGCACGGAUUCGACCCGACGUGCUGGGCGCCCAGCGUGCAUGCGCACUGGAACGACUGGGAGUUUAUCGAAAACCGCGACGAGGUCGACAUGCAGGUCGCCGGGCGCAUCUUUCAUGUGGAGCCCGAGGCGCCACGCGGCCUCUGGCCCCGGCUAUGGCCGUCGAAAAACCCAGUGCUCACGUGCACGCAGCGAUCACGCAGCCAGUUUGAUCGGCUCUGGCUCAACUACCACGCAGGCACGGACCACUUUCCACACCACUACGACCAGUACUUGGCGCACGCUGCUCGGCGUUUGGAGGUGCUUGGCCAAGCCGACGCAGCGUUCUUUGAGGAGGCGCGUGUGUAACUCUAAACACUUUCUACUGCACACGCGAGAAACCAGAAUUGUAUUGGGCAGAUGUAUUAAC